AGGAGUCAGCAGAGGAGGUCCUCACUCAGAAGCCUGAUUUCCCUAGUGAGGAACGGAGUUUUGCUGGGAGAAAGGAAUGGAAGUCACGCCAAAUAUGAAAAAGGCCCUUCUGUCUCUCCUCUUACUUCACACACAACUCUCAGGUACUUUUCCUGUAUCUCCUAAAAGCCUUGAGGAGAAAAAAAUGGAAAUUGUUCAGAGUUAUCUGGAAAACUUUUAUGAUAUGCCAAAAAGUGGAAGUAAAAUAAAACGGCACAAGAAUAGUACUCAGUUGGUUAAGAAGCUUAAAGAAAUGCAGAAAUUCUUUGGAUUGGAGGAGACUGGACAACCAGAUGAGGAAACUAUGGAAAUUAUGGAAAUUCCCCGAUGCGGGGUUCCUGAUGUGUCUGAAUAUAAGCUGACUGAAGGAAAUCCAAAGUGGCAAAAGAAUGAGAUUACGUACAGCAUUAUAACCUACACAACAGAUAUGGCAAAAGCUGAUGUGGAUUCAGCAAUUGCAAAAGCCAUAAACAUCUGGAGUGGUCCAUCACCUCUGAAGUUCACCAGGAUCAAUAAUGGUGAAGCCGACAUAAAGAUCUCUUUUGCCAGGAGAGGUCAUGGUGACAACUCACCCUUUGAUGGUGAGAAUGGAGUCCUUGCACAUGCAUAUCAACCAGGCCAGGGAAUUGGAGGAGAUGCUCAUUUUGAUGAAGAUGAAACUUGGACUAUGAGCUCCAGGGGUUACAAUUUAUUCCUUGUUGCUGCUCAUGAAUUUGGCCAUUCAUUGGGCCUUUCUCAUUCCACUGAUCCUGGUGCCUUGAUGUUCCCCACCUAUUCCUUCUCUGAACCCAGCACUUAUGCCCUACCUCAGGAUGACAUUAAUGGAAUUCAGUUUCUCUAUGGUCGUUCAAGUAAUCCUAUCAACCCUACUGGACCCACAACACCAGGAACCUGUGACCCACAAUUGACUUUUGAUGCAAUCACCACUCUCCGUGGAGAACUCAUAGCCUUUAAAGACAAGUAUUUUUGGCGAAAGCACCCCCAACUACCAAGGCCUGAACUCCAUACAAUUUCCUUAUUCUGGCCAUCAUUACCAUCUGGGAUACAAGCUGCUUAUGAGGAUGUUGAAAAUGAUUUAGUUUUUCUAUUUAAAGGUAACCAAUACUGGACUCUACAUGGCUAUGAAAUCAGGUCUGGUUUCCCCCAAGAUAUCUCUAACUUUGGCUUCCCGAGAACCGUUCAAGCCAUUGAUGCAGCUGUUUCAUAUAGUGACUACAAAAAAACAUACUUCUUUGUAAAGAACCAAUACUGGAGAUAUGACAAUCAAAGACAUGCCAUGGAUCCUGGUUAUCCUAAAAAUAUAGCAGAUAAAUUUCAAGGAUUGACAAACACUGUGGAUGCUGUUUUCCAGAAAAAUAACUAUUUCUACUUCUUUAGUGGACCAACAUACUAUAAAUUUGAUCUCCGUACUAAAAGAAUUGUUGCUAUUGGAAGAAGCAACCGCUUGUUAAACUGUAGAUAGGAUAUGAGUAAAAUGUAAACCAGAAAUAAGGUGUCUUUUAGUGGUAUCAACAAAUGUUUUUUUAAAAAUCUGUCAGUUAAGAUCCAAUAUUUAAGGGUUUUUUCACACUUUUGUCAACUAUUGUUAUUGUCCUCUGCCAUCUUUCCAGUUAUUGUGCAUGUUAGUAAAAUAAGUUCAAAUUUCAAUUGUAAGGAAUGAGAUUUAAUCAUUACUUUUCUAUCCUGGCCCAAUUGUAAUCAGGGCACAUACUCUUUAACAAGUGAUCCUUGCUCAGAAUAGUCCUCCAGUGAGUCCUUGUUUAUACACAUUCUUUGUCAUUUUGCUAAAUAAUUAUCUGAUCCUUAAGAUACUUGACACCCACAAAUCCCUUUUACAUAUAAAAGAGCUGAGUCAGGGCAGGUAGGUGGUGCAGUGGAUAAAGAACUGGCCCUGGAUUCAGGAGGACCUGAGUUCAAAUCCAACCUCAGACACAUGACACUUACUAGCUGUGUGACCCUGGGCAAGUCACUUAACCCUCAUUGCCCUGCAAAAAGAAAAAAAAAAAGAAUUAAAAAGAAAAACUAGCUGAGUCAAAAAGUUCCAUUCUUGGCUCUGGUAUUUAUUAGCUAUGUGACUAAGAACAAUCAAAUUUAUACUUUCUGAGCUUUAAAUAACUCUCUAGGACCCUAAGCUAUAAAUUACAUGAAAUCUUCUCCAGAGCAAGAAGUUCCUACACAGAGGAAAUCAGAGGUUCUUGAUAUAUUGAUUUUCUGGACUUGAUGCCCAGGCACUUGGUGCUCUGUGUUGUUUGAGAGAGGAAGUUGUUGCAAGUUAUGGCCAUGGUCCCAUGGCAUCAUGGGAGAUUCAGUGCCAUUUUCCCUGGUAUAGUCUUCCACAAUUAAGGGGGUUGAUUUUCAUGACUCCCUUAAAUCUAGGUAGAGUUGGUGAGGAAAAAAAAUUGCUGAGGGCAGAGGAAAAAUGAAAUCUUGAGGACAGGGUCUAACCUAGUUUGUAAGGAAAACCAAGGCUUAUAAUGAAAAUCCAAAUCACUUCUUCCUUUUCUUUUUUACCAUGCUUUUAACUGUAACUUGCUGUGUUUCUUGUAGUUAGUUGUAUUCAUUGUUGCUGCUUUUGUUGUUUGUCCUAAUUCUCAGGAAGUCACCCAUGAUGUACAAAAAGGAUUUAUUAUAUAAACAGAAUGUUUUGAGGCACACAGUAAUGUAUAAUAAAAGUUGGUUGAAUUUAUUAAACUACACUUUAACUCAUGAAUUUAUUAUUGACUCUUUUUUUGAAAACAUUAUCUCAUGUAAUCUAGGAUUUAGAAAUAAUGUUCAAACCUCAAAUGUCUCACAACUCUUUAAUUUUAAUUGUUUGAAUAUAAUAAUUAACCUGUUUCAAAUUAAUGAUGAUUGAGUAGAAUUUUAAAUAUCUCUGACCAUCCAUCUUUUCAUAUAUAUUUCAUGUUUCUGAGUUUUUCAAUGAGUAAAUGAUCAAUUUAUUAGUUUUUCUCUUUAUUUCUAUUCAAAAUUUGAAAUUGAUUUCAAAACCAAAUAUUGAUUCAAAUCAUGACUAAUUUAUAUUUUAUAUGUAUUUUCAUCAGAAUAUUAGCAUAAUAUUUAAGGGGAUCUUAUUGGGUUAAUGAGAAUUAUAGGAUAUCUGGUUAUCCUUUCUGUUGUCUAGAUUUAGGAAAAUGCCAAAAGUAAGGCUGUGAGAACUCAUUAUGAGCAAUGUGAAUGUUGUCCCAGAAAGGGAUUUCAGAGCUCAGUUGAGUCUCCUUCCCUGGUGGCAACCUAUGGCUUUUAAAUUUUUUUUAAAUGAUAAAUAUAUUUAUUUAUAGUUUUGAGUUCCAAAUUUUAUCUCUCCUCUCACCCCUCCCUGAGGUGGCAAGCAAUCAGAUAUGGGCUAUA